AUGCAGAGAGGGAGGAUUGGGGCCCAACCUCUUAGAGGGCAGGCACACAUACACACACACCUCAAGCAUGUCGUAACUGACUUUCAUCAUUUGUCUUGUAUAGACGUGUGCCGUCUACCAAAAGACCACGGCGGUUGCACUCACUUUGAACUACGCUGGUACUACAACUGGCAGGAGAGAAGGUGCCUGACACUGGCUUAUGGUGGCUGCUUUGGCAACGCGAACCGAUUUAUUACAAAGGAGGAAUGUGAAGGCUUCUGCCAGGCAAGAGACAUCUGUCGGCUUCAAGUGGAGGUAUGCUCUGGCAUCGAGUUUUAA